AUGCUCUUUCUCGUGUUGGAUUGUUUCUUCCACACAAGUUGUCGCGACGUUCCCGGCGAAAAAGGUACGGCGACACAGGUCCUGUCGUCUGAUCCCUACGGCAACGAGCAAGAGUUCGUGAAUUUUUCCUUCCUGAACUCCCGGGCUGCGGGAGGUGUCGUUGUGGAAGAAAAUCAUGCUGAUUUUGUCGAGAAGAAUUUGCUGGCAGCGCAAACCGAAACCAAACUCGACCUGUCGGAGUUGAUAUCCAGGAAAAAACACCCAUCCACAUCCAAUUUGCCAUGCAAAACACACAUAAAAUUCUGUGUUUGUCAUGCAAAAAAUGGAUGUGGAUGGGUUCUUUUCUGUGGAUAGUUGAUCAUGCCUUCACACACAGACCGCGAAUUCGGCACGCGUUUGUCGCCUGUGCCCGGCACAAAUGAAACAGUUGUUGCCUACUUGCGCUGUCGCUAUCUCACACCUGCUCCUGCUGCUCACCUGAAGAACGCAAGGGCAAAUACCGAUGCGCGCCAUAGCAUGGGGGUUAUUGAUGUUGAGCAAGACCGUGGAGAUGUUGAAGCGCCGCCGAGUAAAAGGAAGACAGAACACAGCCAGCAGCUAGAACAAGAUCCCAGUAUUGAUCUGGACCAUUUGAUCCGUUUCGUAGUCGAAAACUUUCAAGAGCGGAAAGCUUCCGUGUCAGCAGUUUCACACAGCGAAAAGGCGGAGGAAGUGCAGAUUGGUACGCCCCUCGUCGUGAGUGAAGAUCGGCUGCAGGAAGAAACAAAGCUCUUGACUGAAGAGAUCCUCGAUGUGCUGAAAGAUUGGGACUUCGUCUACGGGCGCUUCGGCGUUCGCGAAGACAUCGUGAAAAACGCCAUCGAUGCUCAUAAGCGAAAGGGCAUCUUCCCCAUCAGCUUUAACCAUCCCUACGAGGUGCAGCAGGCCUACGUGGUGGAGCCGGUUUUCGGUGCUGAAAACGUCGAAGCCAAGAAGAUUUCAGCGCCAGACAGAGCAAAGCACACCACAAACCGCAACGUCAAGAAGGUUUUGCGAAAGGAUCCUACACUUGAGACAUCGAAAUCAACUGUUUUCGCGCUCUCGGUCCCUCAUCUGCGGUCGUCACUAAUUUUCUCUCGCCGCAGUUCACCAGCACGAUUAUACUCGGCAUUGAUGGUGGACGAUGUCGAAAAUAAUGCUGGGGGAAAUGCUAAUGGGACGACUGCAGAAAAAAUAAAAGCUGUUGCCGAGGACCACGUGGACGUCGAUGACAUUUUACCACCCGCCGGCGGCCAGUCGUUUGAGUAUCGGUACCAUAAGAACUAUCAUUCGGCAAUGUUUGGUUUUUCGCACAAGAAGGCCGGGUGGGACUGCGCUCGACACUUAGAGAUCAUGCAGAGCCGCGCGCUCCUACUGUUCGCCGAUCCAGUCAAUUCUAUCCCACCGAACCGUACCGACCAUCUACGGCUCCCCUACUGCGGUCAGGACACCAUGGCAUUGUACCCGAAGGACUUGUUUUUGCAAAUCGAACAGGAUUUCUAUUCUCUGCAGCAAAACAAGGACUUCGCUGUCGCCGAAUUCCAAAAGUGGCUUCCGAAGUGGAGAGCUUUUACCAGUGCCAUCGACGAAGAGACAACGAGCCUCAGCAUUUCCAGGCUGAAGAAGCUUGCGGAAAGAAGCGGACUGCGCAGCGGUUCACCAAAUGAGGACGGCGAGGUGGACCAAAACACCCCGGAUGAACAAGAUGAGUCUCCGAGUGAAGUAGAAUUUGGAGAGAGCCAGUUCACGCCCAGAAUUCCGAGGACCACGAGCCAGGGACCUACAACCAAGAGAGCUGCUCCUGCAUUUGUACUUUCUUCGCGACAUAAGCGGCUAUAUCAAUGGUACCAGCGAGAGCAGACGAAAUGGUUCGUCGAGAAUCUGGUCUCCCGGAAGGUGGUUGAGUACAUGCUUUUGGUCACCAACAAUUGCCCCAAUCCCAAGGCCAAAUCGUCGCGGAGAGUAGAGGACAGUAAUUUAGAGAACGCUUCUGAGCAAAAUGCAUCACAAGGAGCGGAAGCUGCGACGAUCGUGCGAUCCACAGUGCCGCUCGCAGCCUCAAAACAGGCGAAUCUGGUCUAUCAGAAGUAUUUGAAAUUCGACGAGACGAAAAUUGCGGGGGACCGGAUGACGAUUCGUGACUACGUAGAGCAUCAGGUGGGCCACCAACUUCGUCAAGACCCGGACCAGCCCAUGGCAGAGCGUCCACCGGUGGAACAGCUUCAGCAUGAACUCAAAGACGACAGAACACCCGAAGCAGCACCUCCUGGAGUGACGUCAGCAGUAAGUGAGCCGGCAGGUGGUCGUAAUGACAAUGACCCAUCUGAUGAAGGCACAGAUUUAGGUCCGCGGGUACUGUACAUAGACAAUUUUGGUGCAGAAAAGGGUGUCUCGUCUGUUCGUGACUACAGUGCAAUUGGCAUGCUUGCCGGCUUAAAGCAGCUUUUUGGCAAACGCUGCGAGGUUCUUUAUCCGCAGCGCCCGAUGUACGACUGGACUUCGGAAGUUUUCUCGCCGACGUUCGAAGGGCAGCGUAGCGCCACUGCAGAUCAUGGCGCAGAUGAUCGAAGUGGACGACGACGACCGCGAUCGCAGAAGAGGGUGUACACGCGGGACGCUCUGAAAUAUCUCCCAGCGAGACUAGGCAUGAGAAGACGCAGGUCGGCGGAGGUCGGAGUCGAUCUUGACCACAAGACGCAGGAGCAAGUCACGACUUUCGCAAGGGAGGAAACUGGCGGUGCACUCGGACAGGAACGCGGCUGGUACCCCUUUAGCAGUGCAUUCGCCCGCCCCGAGGACGCCAGCGGGCACGAAGUCGACUUUUUCCAGGCGACAGCGGAGCUCUUCAAGGAGAUCGUGCUGAAAACGGCACCAGCGGACGCCAGCAACUCCUCAACGACCGCAAGCAAGAACAUCACGACUCCAGGCGAGGAAGGACAAGACCUCUCCUCGCUUUUACGCGACCACCUCUACUGGACAAAAAUGCUGUUCUACCCCUCGCCGAAAGCGCUGGCGCAGAUCUUUGAGAAGAUAAGAUCCCAGUACUAUGAUUUCAUUGUUUACGGUCUGCAGCACCGAUCCAUGCCGCACCUCGAGUAUCUCCUGCAAACAUGUCUGGCUCUGAAGGGAUGUGGUCCACGCAAACUUCUGGUGACAUGGACCACGGCAAGAAAAGUUGCCUAAUUGGCGAUUUUCUUUUGCAUUUCUUUUCACCGAAAGAGAAGAUGACUUGUCAUUGGUGGCACUAUGAUCUUCCCGUCCCAGACAUAUUUCCAAGGCAUAUCGAAGAUCUAGUGGCAAAACACUACCCGCCAAGCAGGGUGUUGGGCGUUCACGGCGAAGACGUCUACCGCGAGUACCUUCACGAGAAUGUGACGCCCUACAUGACGGUAUUUGUGCGCGAACUCGGCUACACCAAAUACGACCAGGCACUCCCCGACACCCGCGCCCGGUUUCGUUAUCGCCGGGGGGAAAUUUAUUUCAAGCGACGAAACGCCAACUCGAGGUGACGAAUUCUUGAAGGUCGACUUGGUCUUGGACGCAGGAUUCAUGAUUAUCCUCAUUCUGCACAGAACUUUUUGGUCAAACAGAAUGAAAUGAAGAGCAGUUUCCAGCAGCUCUUGCUGUAUUAAGCUUGCUUCUUCUUCGUCAAAGUAGAGACAUCAACAUUCACCUGGACGAGUUCGAGUACAACACCACCGCGCUUUAUUCGCAAAAAUGAUCCACGCCGCACUGCACUCCAAUGCUGGUAUCCUAGUACUAGUUUCAGUUUGUUUCCGGUCAUUGAUUCAUUACGUAGCCCUAGUAGUCUUCAGGUAGCUACGAGCACAUUUACAAUAUGCAGGACAAAGCAGGACGACGGAGGUUGUGACACCGAAGACGGCAGAGCGAAGGACAACC